ACCCAUCGUUGUUCAAUAUAAAAGGCUCACAGCAUGAAUACCAGCAAUCAUUAUUAUUCAGUCGUUUGAAAAUUGUAGAUUGAUAAGGAACGGUUAGAGGAAAAUAAAAGAUACAAAUUUUUUUGUACCAGUUAGUUUUGAAACUUUUGAAAGUGCUGUUCAAACGCCAAGUGGUCGAAAAAGUUUCGCUUCUUUUCGGGCAACAAAUAUAUUGAAAAAAAAACGGAGAAAUUUUUUGAAAAUAAUUUUUAAUUCACAACGAAACGAGUCAUUUUUGGAUCCUGAAAUAAUGUUGAAAAUAUUUAAAUUAUUCAUUUCGUUUGUGUUCUUUGGCAUUUGUAUUGGAUUACCCAUUAAGGACCAAGAAAUUGACGAACUUAUUUACAGACUUCAGGAAUUAAAACAUCAAAGCCGAUAUAAUGGAGCGCAUGCAGUUGGAACGGAAAUAAAUCAAAAUUCACACAGCAAAUCAACAACUCAUCCGACGGUGGACUUAGAACGCAAACCCUUGCUAUACGAUUACUAUCCAAACGCUUUCAAUAAUGCCGACAAAAGAUUUGACGAGAUCGACAGACUUGGUAUGGUUGGUCUGCAAGGAAAACGGAAUUUCGACGAAAUAGAUCGGUCGGCGUUUAGUGGCUUCCAUGGCAAACGAAACUUUGAUGAAAUCGAUCGCUCGGGUCUGAGUGGUUUCCAUGGCAAGCGCAAUUUCGACGAAAUCGAUCGGUCGGGUCUCAACGGAUUUCAUAAAAAGCGAAGUGUUGACAAUAUGGACGAUUCAACUGUUGGGGAUUUGUUGAGUCGAUAUUAUAGCGAUGAUAAUGAGAUGGUCAAACGGAAUUUCGACGAGAUUGAUCGAUUUGGUCCUGGCGGUUUUUUGAAGCGAAACUUUCAGCGUGAAUUGGACGAAAUUAGUCGAUUAGGUCGUGGCAGUCAAUUUACGAAGAAGAAUUUCGAUGAAAUCGAUCGAUUCGGAUUUACUGGACUGAAACGAAGUGCGAAAUUACCCGUGCCAAAAAGUAACAAUUAAAAUGCAAUGUCAAAGCCAAAAAUUUAUAGAUUUUAAUCUCGCGUUUCCAUAUAAACGAAAAACAAAACUUCUUAAAAGAAAUGAAACCAGAAUCAAUAUAAUUAUGUUGAAAAUUAAUGAGAUUAAUAGACACAAUUCAUGUAAUUUAUGAAAAAUUUAUAAAAUUUAAGGAAAUAAAUUCAAAAAUGAAUAUAAAUUUAUCGUUCAAAAUGUUACCAU